AUGCCAGAGAGGCCAUGGUAUGAUCUAGGACUGGACUUACUCGAGCCUAUGCCAACAGGAGAAUAUCUGCUGGUCUUAGUGGAUUACUUCAGCGGAUGGGUGGAGGUUGACAUCAUUAAAUCUACUACAUCUGAGACGAUCAUCAAGUGUUUAGAUAAACAGUCCUCCAGAUAUGGGGUACCUAAUACCCUGAGAAGGAACAACGGACCCAACCUAGUGUCCGCAGAAAUGGAAGAAUACUUGAAUGAAAUGGGCAUCGAGCAUAGAGCGACCACACCUCUAUGGCCUAGGGCAAAUGGUGAAGUCGAAAGACAAAAUCGUUCCCUUUUGAAAACAAUGAGAGUGGCCCAUGCUGAGAAGAGAGACUGGAGACUAGAGUUGAAUAAGUAUCUUCUGGCCUACUGUUCCAUCCCGCAUGUAACAACUGGCCAGAGCCCAGCAGAACUGUUAUUCGGGAUGAAAUUGUCUACUAAGUUGCCAGAGGUUGCUGAUCUAGAAGAAUCUGAGGACCCGGGAUAUGAGCAGUACUGUAUGAUGUAA